AUGUUCUGUUUAAUUUGUCUCAAAAUGAGGAAGGGAAAUCACCUUGUAUCCUAUUGUAAUUUCAUAUUGUUUUGUGUUCCGAGACGGUUUUUUAGUUCGGCGUCCCUGUUCAAAUAUUACCAUACGCCUUUGGGAUUGUUGUUUAUUUUUGUUACUUCAAAAAGAUUUUUCCUCCGUGGAGGAUCAUUGACAGCGAUUGAAGAUAACGCUCAAAGGAAAAGCAGUAACAUUGGACACACGAUGUCAAACGUGAUACGGUAUGAAAUGUCCCUAAUAAUUAAAGCUCUUGGCACUCCUGGUAUAAAAGAUGCUCUCAAAAGGCAUCUCAAAGGUAUGCUCGAUAAUGGUGCUCAUCUAUUCAACGUCGAGAAUCUUGGCUUGCGACGCCUUCCCAAUGUAUUCCAUGUUCAAGGAGAAAGGCAAUAUGAAGGGCACUACUUCCUCAUUAAUUUCAAUGCGCCACAUGAUUCACUUAACCAGAUAAGAAAAAUGGCGCGUAAAGACUCAGAUAUCAUCAAGUGUUUCGCUGCCCUUAAAGACGAUGGAUGGGUGCCACCGUGUUCAUUGCCAAAUGCAGCUGAUUGCGAAUUCGGCGAAAUCAGGAAUCCGAAUUAUGAAAAGACGGCUAGACGAAGACACGGUUACCGAUUGUAUUAA